CCUGCUGCUGUCAGUCCUACACUUUCCUUUGCCUGAAGCAACUGUCAUCCCAAAAGAUCCUGAUGGCCAGGCCAGCUGGGAGCAGGGGCUGAAAGAAGAAUGUUAGCGUGUCUUUCCCCUGCUUGUACCUUAAAUAUCUUCCAAUGCAGUUCACAGGGUUUAAUUUUAGACUCCACAUGAGGCCGGAGCAAACGGAUUGUAGCUGAAGUCAAAGUCAGAAGCAGUUUGCUCUGUCCUGAGUCAUAGAUUAGACUGAACUUAUCCUCCAUUUUGAUAACAGCAGAAGAAAGAAACUAUACAGCACAAACAUGUCAAACAGUAGAGACCUUGAGGAUCUCAAUGAAGAGGACAUCGAUGAGGAUGAAAUCCUUGCUAUGCUUUCACCCGAGGAGCUUAAGGAGCUCCAGAGUGAGAUGGACGUUAUUAUUGCCCCAGAUGAGACUGUACCGGUUGGACAGAGACAAAAGGAUCAGACGGAGAAGCCUCCUACAGGGACAUUUGACCACAGAUCCCUGGUUGAUUACCUCUACUGGGAGAAAGAGUCCACACGUAUGCUUGAGGAGGAAAGAGUGCCUGCCACUCUGCUACCUAGUGAGAAAACUUUGAGGGAAGAGGCUGAAAAGAAAGAAAAAGAAGAAAACACAGAAGAUGGGCAAUAUGAAGUGUAUGAAGUAAUAGAGGAAGUCAUUGAGGAAGAAGUUGUAGAUGGUACAGAUGGAGAGGAAAUUAUAGAAGAGAUCAUUGAGGAAAUUAUUGAAGAGGUUGAUGAGGGGGAUGAAAAGGACAAACAGGUGGAUGUGAAAGAUGAGAAAGAGGCGAACUCACCGGUGAAAACAGAAGAACAUGAACAUAUAGACAAAGAUGUAGAGCCUCCAGACAACAACAAAGAAAAAGUACCAGAAAACAAUGAAGAUAACAAUCAGUCUUUUUCAGACACAAAUGAGAAGAGGGAGGACUUACCCCCAGGAGACAGCACAUCACAAGUUCAAGAGAAAGAGGAAAUUAAAACAACAGACUCUUUGCUUCCCAAAGAGGCUCCAGAAGAGCCUGAGACAAAUGAAGCCAAUGAUAAGCUCCCGCAGAAGGAAGAGAGAAAAAUUAACAAGUUAAAAAUUCCAAAGCUGGCAUUCAAUAAUAUAAAAAUGACAUCAAGACCCUCGGGAAAUGAGACAAACUUGGAUUCGACACUUGACAAAAUCCACAAAAACAACCCCUCUAUCACUGAAGUAAACCUCAACAACAUAGAAAACAUUCCCAAAGAGAUGCUCUUAGACUACGUCAACGCCUUGAAGAAGAACAAGUAUGUGAAAACCUUCAGUAUAGCCAACACCGGUGUCGAUGAAAACAUAGCUUUCAACCUGGCCAACAUGUUACGAGAGAAUCGUAGCAUCACGACUUUGAAUAUUGAGUCCAACUUCAUAACCGGAAAGGGCAUCGUCGCCAUCAUCCGCUGCCUCCAAUUCAAUGAGACCCUCACAGAGCUGCGUUUUCACAACCAGAGGCACAUGCUGGGUCACCACGCCGAGAUGGAGAUCUCACGCCUGCUCAAGGCCAACAACACCCUCCUGAAGAUGGGCUAUCACUUUGAGCAGCCGGGGCCGAGGAUGGUGGUGACAAACAUUUUAACCAGGAAUCUUGACCGCCAGAGGCAGCUGAGGAAGGAGGAGCAGAAGCAGCAGCAACAGAAGGAGCAGAGGGAGCUGAUGCAGAGGUAUGAGAACAGUCUUAACCUGCCUCCUGGUUUACUUGAGAUGCUAGGGUACAUACCGCCUCUAGAACUCCUGCAGGAGCAUGGGCUCAUCCCACCAUCAUCAGAACUGAGCACUGUACCUCAAAUACACCACCAGGCAGAACAGCCUAAGCCUCAGAAGCAGUUCAAACACAACAGCACUCCCAAACAACCUAGUGCCGAACCAGCAAACCCACUGAGGGACGUCCAGCUGAAGAGGACUCCCAAGAAACGUGACCCUUUUCUGGAGAUGGAUGACAUAAGACCAGGGAGGGCAAGUUUCCAACUGAGGAAGACCCCUAAAGUGAAGGAUGCAGGCAGUGACGGGGUGGCAGAUGAAAGAGCAAACCUGACUGAUGUGAUUAAGACUUUGAAGCCUGUCCCUCGCAGACGAGUGCCACCAAAGGUUGAUCCCACACCCCGUGAUCAGCUCCUAAGUGAAAUCAAACAGAGCAACGUGGCCUAUCUCAAAUCUGUGCCACUCCCUAAAUGCCUGGAAUCAAGUGAAACAAGUCUCUUCUAAGGCUACAACCUCAGCUGUGUGUUUUUUCUUCACCAUAUUGUAUGUUUAUUCUACACAUAUUAGGCAUUAGUCACUCUAAAACUACUCAAACGAACUGUGUGCAGUAAGAGUGAACUAUAUUGUCAUAAUACAUAACAAAUAUCAGAUGGUUGUUGUUCCACUCUUGUGUUGUUAUUGCACUAAAUUGUUGCUGAUUUCUUUAUCAUAACAAUAAAGAUAUAAAAUUAAAAGAGUUCAUUGCCAAAACAUAA